CCGGCGGUGCGCAAACAGUCCGGCAGCAGGCGUCUGAAACGCGCUUUCGCGUGUCAAUUCCUCGUAAUUGUGGUGCCAAAUAUCUGCGGCGACAUCACAGCUUUUCUGCGCAGAGAGGAGGAGGAGGUGGUGGUGGAGGAGGAGGAGAGCGCUGAUUCACGGCUUGCAGGAGGGAGAACCGCGCGCGGACGGACUCGGAGCAUCCAUCUCCACCAUAAGGGUGCAACCUUAAAAUACCGACUUCCCCCUCCCUCCCUCCUCCUCCUCCCCCCUCGUCGCUUUGACAGCUGUUUGCGACCCGGUCAGUCCGACAGACAGGGGAGGAUCCGGGGAGGAGGGCGCCAAGACAGCAGGAGAGGACGAAAGACGGAGCAGCCUCCGGCCGGUUCGAUCCAAAACGCCGAUACGCACGAGCGUCCUGGCUUGCAGGAGCUGCGAGGACGAUGUUCUGGUUCCGUAGAGGAGUCCAAUCCGAAUUGUGACGUUAUAUUGUGGUGAUCGGACGGACAGUGAGAGAGGAGGCGGACGGGAGCGGUUACUCAGUGUCCUCAUAAAGUCCCCGGAACCCCAAUCCAGGUGGUGCGUGGAGGAAAAAAAGCACAGCCCAGUGCUGGAUCCCAGAGGGACUGUUAGUGUGGUAAGGACCCUUGAGACAACAGAGGGUGCAUGGAGGGUUCAGGUUUGUUAAAGCCAGGGUCGUCAGCCUACCUCUGGUUGGGGCUGGUCUCUGUGGCUGCAGCCUUCCUUUGUGCAGAAGCCCGGACCAGUCCGAGCCCUCUGCCCAGCCCCAGCAAUGUGACCUGUGAGGGUAACUCCAAGUGUGAGCCAGGGAUCAUCCUGCCCAUCUGGUAUCCCGAGGAUCCAUCCAUGGGAGACAAGAUUGCACGCGUCAUUGUGUAUUUUGUGGCCAUGAUUUAUAUGUUUCUCGGUGUGUCCAUCAUCGCUGACCGCUUCAUGGCAGCCAUUGAGGUCAUCACAUCCCAGGAGAAGGAAAUUAUUAUCAAAAGGCCCAAUGGGGAAACAAUAACCACCACAAUCCGUGUGUGGAAUGAAACAGUCUCCAAUCUCACUCUCAUGGCCUUGGGUUCAUCUGCUCCUGAGAUCCUGCUUUCUGUAAUUGAGGUGUGCGGACAUGACUUUAAAUCCGGCCAGCUUGGGCCAGCCACGAUUGUAGGCAGUGCAGCGUUCAAUAUGUUUGUCAUCAUCGGCCUCUGUGUGUCUGUUAUUCCCCAAGGAGAGGUGCGCAAGGUCAAACACCUCAGAGUGUUCUUCAUCACCGCAGGCUGGAGCAUCUUCGCUUACAUCUGGCUUUACAUGAUCUUGGCUGUGUUUUCUCCUAACGUGGUCCAGGUGUGGGAGGGGCUCCUCACACUGGCUUUUUUCCCCGUAUGUGUCAUCCUUGCAUGGGUGGCUGAUCGACGGCUGCUCUUCUACAAGUUCAUGCACAAGAAAUACCGCACGGACAAACACAGGGGCGUAAUCAUCGAGACAGCGACUGAACGCGCCAAGGGAAUCGAGAUGGAUGGCAAAAUGGUCAACUCUCACUUCAUGGAUGGAGGCGCGGCUGCCAAUUUUAUUGGCUUGACUGAGAACAAAGAGGUUGACGAAUCCAGACAUGACAUGAUCCGCAUCUUGAAAGACCUGAAGCAGAAGUACCCAGAGAAAGAUCUGGAUCAGCUGGUGGAGAUGGCUAACUACUAUGCCUUGUCCCACCAGCAGAAGAGCCGUGCCUUUUACCGAAUCCAAGCCACGCGCAUGAUGACUGGUGCGGGAAAUAUCCUGAAGAAACACGUAGCAGAGCAGGCCAAGAAGAGCGCCAGCGUACAGGAGGUGCAUGUGGAAGAGCCGGAGGAGUUCGUAUCGCGGAUCACUUUUGAGCCCGCAGUCUACCAGUGCCUGGAGAACUGCGGUGCAGUCAUUCUGAGCAUCAGCAGGAAGGGUGGCGACAUCAACAAGACUAUCUACGUGGACUAUAAGACAGAGGACGGCUCAGCCAAUGCUGGGGCUGACUAUGAGUUCACAGAGGGUACUGUCGUAUUCAAACCAGGAGAGAUGAUCAAGGAAAUUAGCAUUGGCAUCAUUGACGAUGACAUCUUUGAAGAAGACGAGCACUUUUUUGUGCGCCUGAGUAAUCUCCGUGUCCUAGAGACUGAGGAUGAGUUCCUGUCCCCCAACAGCCUCCCUUAUCCAAAGGCCAUGCUGGGCUUCCCCACCGUGGCCACCGUGACCAUUCUGGAUGAUGAUCAUUCUGGCAUCUUCACCUUUGAGAGUGGCCUAGUGCACAUCAGUGAAAGCAUUGGCAUUAUGGAAGUGAAGGUCUUAAGGACUUCUGGGGCAAGGGGGACGGUGAUUGUACCUUAUCGUACCAUGGAGGGACUUGCCAAAGGAGGAGGGGAGGACUUUGAAGACACCUACGGAGAGCUUGAGUUCAAAAAUGAUGAAACCUGCAAAAUUAUUCAGGUGAAAAUUAUUGACGAUGAGGAGUAUGAGAAAAACAAGAACUUCUUCCUGGAACUGGCCGAUCCCCGCAUGGUAGACAUGAGUCUGCAGAAAGCUCUGUUGUUAGCUGAUGAUGUGCCAGAUAGAAAGCUGACAUCAGACGAGGAGGAGGCCAAGCGGAUUGCGGAGAUGGGAAAACCAGUGCUGGGAGAACACUCCAAACUGGAAGUCAUAAUUGAGGAGUCCUACGAGUUUAAGAGUACAGUGGAUAAGCUGAUCAAGAAGACUAACCUGGCACUGGUGGUGGGAACCAGCUCUUGGCGGGACCAGUUUAUGGAGGCUAUUACAGUCAGUGCAGGAGAUGAGGACGAAGAGGACACAGGCGAAGAACGGCUGCCAUCCUGCUUCGACUACGUCAUGCAUUUCCUCACGGUCUUCUGGAAGGUCCUGUUCGCUUGUGUUCCUCCCACAGACUACCUGAAUGGCUGGGCGUGUUUCGUAAUUUCCAUCAUUAUCAUUGGCCUGCUCACUGUCAUCGGUGACCUGGCGUCUCACUUCGGCUGCACCAUUGGUCUCAAAGACUCAGUUACUGCUGGUUUUGUGGCACUCGGCACAUCUGUCCCAGACACCUUUGCCAGUAAGGUUGCAGCCGUGCAGGACGCUUAUGCAGACGCCUCCAUCGGGAAUGUGACUGGCAGCAAUGCAGUCAAUGUCUUCCUGGGCAUAGGGCUGGCCUGGUCUGUUGCAGAUUACUGGCAAAUGAAAGGGCAGCCCUUUGUGGUGGAAGCUGGCGCUGGCUUUCUCUGUCACCUCUACACCAUCUUCGCCUUCCUGGCCAUCUCGGUGCUGCUCUACCGCCGUCGGGCCCACAUCGGAGGAGAACUGGGCGGCCCUCGGAGACACAGACUGGCUACAACGGGCUUCUUUUUCAGCCUUUGGUUCCUUUACAUCCUCUUCUCAAGUCUGGAAUCCUACUGUCACAUAGAGGGCUUCUAAAGUGGGACAGAAAAGGACUGAGAUCAGCUUGCAAAAACACAAAGGUGUAAAGUACAGCAGAGAUGAAAAAGACUGGGUUCUCGCUGUGGAAUUGGGCUCAGUCAUGUAUGUUAUGGAAAGAAAUCGAGGUAACCCGGGGAUAUCCAGAUAGCACCCGUCCAAUGCCUUCUUCCUUAUAUUCUGUCUCUCUCUCUCUCUCUCCCCCUCUCUCUGAACGCCUCCUGUAAGGACACUUGGAGGUGUGCAGCCUGCCCUCUAGUGCCUACAGGCGAGCUCGCCCCGGCCAGGAGAGCCACUCCAGUUUGGAUGGACGUGACCACAGUCCAGAAGCUGCCAAGAUGCAGUCUUAAAUCCCACCGGAAGACAUGCAGCCUACAAGCGGCGAGUGUGGAAGUAAUCAGAGGUCUAUAUUUUUCUCAACCACCUGACAAGAACAACAUUUUUUUUUAAGUAUUUGGGGAUAAAAUGCAAAAAAUAAAUAAACCAAAAAAGCUUACAAAAAGAGGAAUCAAACUUUUUCUGACUUUAUGUUAAAGAAUUGAAAAAGAUGAUCUCGUAAGUGGAAACACGAUGUUGCAACAGCUGGAUGGAAUCAUAGUAUUUAUUUUUAUUUGCAUAGUUUCUGCCGUGGAAUUCUAACAUAACGAAGAGCAACGGCUUCGUACAGGCAGAGGAAUCAUCUUUCACGCAGAAGAUUGUCGAGGACACAGUGAACAUGGUCAAACUGCCAUGAACAUUACUUCCGGACUCUAUACAUACACUAUCUAUAUAUAAUAUAUUUCCAUAUUUUCUGUAUGUUUUGAAUAUUUGUUUAAAUGGUGGUCACCUGCUCGAACAAAUGGAGGAUUUGCUAUGGCAAAGGCGGAAGGAGCGGGGCAGUCCUGCUACAUGUCGCAACGAUGUCAUGACAUUUCUUAGAGUUACGUAUCUUGCCUCGGUAAAAGUACAUUGUAUUUUAUUUACUGAUAUCUUGGUCUCACUUGAGUUUUCACCGUUUCAUUCAGAAAUUAAAAAAAAAAAAAAAAGUGUUGCUGCAGAGAUAAAUUCAGAGGUAUUUUUGUACUGUUCCUUCCAUGCACUUUGCUGUAUAGUUCUAUUUAUGGAGGACUUCUACUUGUAAAUGUGCAAAGGCCAAUAUUAAAGGUGUUGCUACGGACUGAACAGAGUGCCUGAGCAGGGAGAAGCGGUCGGUUCUCGCCGAUUCUGAUGAGAAUAACGCAAGAAGGUUCUUUCCAAAUGGUGUGCACAUUUUUCAUCUUCGCUUGACUUCGCAUUAAGUCAAGGUGCUUCAGUCAUCAUAAAGGUUGUGUUCAUAACUUGCGUAAAUACUGCAUGUCAGUGACGAUCAUUUUGGACUGAAACUCGUCAGCUGCUGACGUUGGCGUCGGAGCAGGUUGAGUUUGCCUGAUGUUGAAUGCUGUUUAACUUGACUGGUGCUUUGUUUUUAAAUGAUAUAUAUAUAUAUAUAUAUAUAUAUAUAUAUA